AUGACUACAGCAAGAUACAGACCUACCUGGGACUUGGUACUUGACCCAUUAGUGUCCUGCAAGCUCUGCCUUGGUGAAUAUCCUGUGGAGCAGAUGACAACAAUAGCACAAUGCCAAUGCAUCUUCUGUACCCUGUGCCUAAAACAGUAUGUGGAACUUUUGAUCAAAGAAGGUCUAGAAACAGCAAUCAGCUGCCCUGAUGCUGCCUGCCCAAAGCGAGGGCAUCUGCAAGAAAAUGAGAUUGAGUGCAUGGUUGCAUCAGAAAUCAUGCAAAGGUAUAAGAAGCUACAGUUUGAAAGAGAAGUGCUUUUGGAUCCGUGUCGGACUUGGUGUCCAUCCUCUACUUGCCAGGCAGUUUGCCAGCUCCAGGAAUCAAGCCCACAGGAUCCCCAGCUGGUCCAGUGCAAAGCGUGCGACAUUGAGUUCUGCUCUGCUUGCAAAUCUAAUUGGCAUCCAGGUCAAGGCUGUCAAGAGAACAUGCCAAUCUCUUUUCUUCCAGGAGAAACAAGUUCAGGUUUUAAAAUGGAAGAUGAUGAUGCUCCAAUCAAACGCUGUCCAAAGUGUAAAGUUUACAUUGAACGAGAUGAAGGCUGUGCCCAAAUGAUGUGUAAGAACUGCAAACAUGCCUUUUGCUGGUACUGUCUGGAAUCUCUUGAUGAUGAUUUUCUCCUUAUACAUUAUGACAAAGGACCUUGUCGAAACAAGCUGGGACACUCCAGGGCAUCUGUUAUCUGGCACAGGACACAGGUUGUAGGAAUUUUUGCAGGAUUUGGUCUUCUGCUUUUGGUGGCCUCCCCUUUCCUUCUACUUGCUACACCAUUUGUUCUGUGCUGCAAGUGCAAAUGUAAUAAAGGAGAUGAUGACCCUCUGCCUACCUAGACUGAAAGAAGAUUGGACUCAUCACAACAUAUAUUUUGAUUUUAUUGUUACUGUUGAUAUUUCCCUCUUGCACUUACAUUGUUGUAGCCUUACUUGUCCCAUUCUGCUUUUCAUUGACACACAGUCUUGGUUGCAGGAACUGUUGUUACUACUGUUGUAUAGAUCAUUUGAUAAUAGAAAAGGAGGAUAAUAGAAGGAAAGUUUGGUGCUAAAGAGAGACCACAGACCUGGGUAGCUAUCUGAAAUGAAGAUGUGAUACUACUUAAAAUAAUGCAAAAAGUUGGUGCUGCCCUGCUGAUGGACUGGGAACUG